CUAUCACCAUGGAGAAAGUAUAUUAUGAAAAUGCAUUUCCUUUACGCACGCUGCCUAUAAGGCGCGUAGAGAUUGCAUCAAGCAGCAGAGCAUUUGAGGUUCCUUACCAAAACAUUUCUUACACUUACACAACCACACAAAGCAACAAAGUCUCAUCUCCUUCGUCCUCUAUUUUAAGGACUGGCUUCACCACUCUCUCUCCCUCCCUCCCUCUCUCUCUCUCUCGCCAGUCAUCUAUGGCCUCCAUAUCCCCAAGGUAUAACAACACAGAGCCUUCGAAACCUUCUUCUCUCCUUCCUUCUCCUCGCAGCCUCAGCUCCAACUGUAGCACCACUACCAGCGGCAGCAGCAACAAUGGCGUUCACCCUCCCAAAUCCAUUACCAGAUCCGAACCCGGAAGCCCAUAUCCCACAACCUUUGUUCAAGCUGAUACUUCUUCCUUCAAGCAGGUCGUCCAAAUGCUCACCGGAUCCUCCAAACCCGCCGCCUCAAACUCCUCGGACCCAUCUCCGGCUAAGACCCACGCGAUCCCGCCCAUCAAAUCCACGCCCAAGAAGCAGCAAUCCUCCUCGGGGUUCAAGCUGUACGAGCGGAGGAACUCGCUCAGUAAGAAUCUCAAGAUCAGCCCUCUGAUCCCUUCGUUUUCGCCGAACAAUUCCGGUUUCUCUCCCCGAAAACCCGAGAUUCUCUCGCCCAGUAUUCUUGACUUUCCUUCUCUGGUUCUCAGCCCGGUCACGCCGCUCAUACCCGACCCCUUCGACCGGACAUCUCCGAGCUUGGAUAAGGAAGCCGAAGAGAAAGCUAUUAAAGAGAAAGGGUUUUUCUUACACCCUUCGCCGGCGUCAACUCCGAGGGACGCUGAACCGCGUUUGCUACCUCUGUUUCCGACGACGUCUCCGAGAGUUUCAGGCUCUUCUUCUUCUGCUUCUUCUUCCUGAGUAAUCUCUGCUUUUCUGGGGGCCUUUUGGAUUUUGUUCAAUGCCAUUGAUGAGCGAGAGCGAGACAGAUGAAAAGGAAAAUUCGAUUUGUAAUUGAUUGUAUGAAGAGAAUGGUUGAAUCUUACUUUUCUCAUGAAUGCUGAUUCAAUUUACAGAA